AUGCGUUACUCAUUCAUCGUCGCCAGCUCCGGCCUUCUCGCCACGGUCUCGGGCCACGGCCUGGUGACCUCUAUCCAAGGAGCCAACGGCGUCACAAUGCCUGGUCUGUCUGUGGCGGAUGGCACUCCUCGCGACUGCUCCAGCAAUGGAUGCGGCUCGCAAGCCGACACGGCAAUCAUCCGCGACAGCGAGCUCGGCAGUGACAAAGCCAGCGCCCUGGGCAGAACCCAAGGCAACGGGCCCAUCGACGCCGCCACCAUGAUCAGCAGCUUCAUGGGCAAUGGCACGGCGCCCAAGAACAACGGCGCCGCGGCUUCUGCAGGCGUCGAGGACGACGUCAAGGGCAAGGCCGCAGGCGGCGCGGACAAGGCCAAGCGCAGCCUCCUGGCCCGCGCACUGAGCGACUUCUUCACCGGCCUCACCGGUGGCGGUGCCGACGCCGGCACGAAGACCGAGACGGCACAGGAGACCAACGUCGCCGCGAAGGCCGGCGAGGGCGCCAGCUCCGGCCUGCCAACCUGUGCGGACGACGGCUCCAUCACCAUGACGUUCCGGCAGAUCAACCAGGACGGCGCGGGGCCCAUGACGGCCGACGUCGACGGCACGUCCGGCGGCACCGACCCGGACGCGUUCCAGAGCGUGGAGGUCACGCAGAACGUGCCCGGGGCCGGCUUCGGGGGGCUGUCGCUCGCCACGAACACCGACUUCCCCAUGACGGUGCAGAUGCCGGCGGGCAUGACCUGUGACGGCACUGUGGCGGGGGUGGACAAUGUCUGUGUUGUCCGGGUGCGCAACAACGCCCUUGCUGGCCCCUUUGGCGGCUCGGCGGCCUUCACCAUGUCUGCUGGGGCGCAGAAGCGCGCCCUGGCUUAUCGCCUCAAGAAGCGUGCUGAGCAGGCCAGCAACCAGAAUCGCCGCCUGAGAUAA